AGUCGAAGGCACGCCGGCAUGAUGAAUUUAUACUGGAAGUUUUCAGUUUGACAGCAGGCACCGAUCGAGAAUUUGCCGAUUGUCGCACAUAUGAAACAUAAGUUAGAAGAAAAACAUUCACGAAAACAAAUUAAAAGGUGGAUGUGCCCAAUAGAAAAACACUCGCUUUUCGCCAAUUGACCAUAUAAGUGUUUCCGCGAGGUGCGCCGCGACUACUUUCGUAUCUAUAGCAACGGGUAGGUAAUACGUUUUUUCGCGGGUUUUGCCUCAAAUUGUUUCAAGCUGGCCGAGAAAAAGCAUGGCGGGUCCGCGAAUGUCUGGCUGGAUCGGAACGCUGGUGCUUGCGGUGGUUAUUUCACGGCCGAAUCGGGUGGAAGCCAAAGUUCCGCAGCUAUUUUUGUCGGUGAAAGGUGCCAAUGUGUCCAGCUGGAACUUACAGGAUGUGUCUAGUGCUUAUGUGAUAGUGACCGAUACGUUAGUUAGUCCCGAAGGACAACCGUUGUCAUUGCUGGGUAGAGAAUUGAAUGGAUCAAAGUUCAACGGGUUGAACAAGUUGGGAUCUGGAGUAAAACUGUUGGCGUCGUUUGGAGGCAGUGCUGUUCCCUCGGAGCUUUUCUCGCAUCUUGUGGAGGAUAGUACGAGGAGAGCAAAAUUCGUACGGAAUGCAAUCCGUUUUGUGACUAGAAAUGAAUUCAGUGGUGUUGAUAUAGCCUGGUUGUAUCCUACUGACGCAGAUAAGGAAAGUUAUGGCAAUCUUCUGAAUGAACUGAGGACGGCUUGCGAUAGAAAAAAGUUGAUUUUAACGGUGACUGUUCCCAGCCAUCCAUCCGUCAUUGGGAGAAACUAUCCUACGAAAGAGUUGGAGAAUGUAGCUAACUAUGUUAUACUUUGCACUAAUGAGUUCAGAAAAUUAAAGAAAACGUCAUUGGUUGCACCUCUGUAUUCUGUAAAAGAAAGAUCCUCCAACAGUGUGGAUUCUCAUAUCAAUGCAUGGAAAAAGGCUGGAAUUAGCGGUGACAAACUCGUAAUGGUGAUUCAAACUAACUCCUUGACAUAUAAACUGCCUCAACCGAACGAGUACCGCUUGGGAACCCCAGCACUGAAGCUUAAAAUCCGACCGUUCUACAAAAUUUGCCAGAAGUUGUACAGUGGAUCGUUGGAGGUGUUCGAAGAAACGGCCCGCUGUCCGUACGCAUUCCGUGAAAAAAAUUGGUAUUCUUACGAGAACAGUAAGUCAAUUCAGGAAAAGGUUGAAUACGCCGUUAGUCAAUCCUUAGGCGGAGUGGGAGUCUUCCAUUACGACGAUGAUGAUCCGUUUGAUGUGUGCGGUGACGGAUCGCAUCCUGUAACGCGAGCUGUUGUUGCGUCAUUGGUUGCGUCACAUCGACCAAGAGGUGUCGCUUCGAUCGCUCAGCGGAGUAUAGCAAACUCCGAUUUGGAAGCAUUUGAAGAUUCUGCCAAUCUAAGGAUCGUUGACAGUGGAAUCAAUGGUGCGCAAGGAGAAGACCAUUUGAUAAACGAUAAUGAUGGAUUUUCUUUCGAAGACUUGGAAUCGUAUGUUAUGCAACCAUUUAGACCACAUAUGGAACCCUCCAAACGACCGACAAAACCAUCUAUGCCAACAAAACCAACCACGACAACGAAACCAUCCACAAAGUCAUGUCGAGACUGUGGUUACUAUAUAAAUCCUAGCGAUGACGAAGAUGAUGAUGAUAUUGAAGACUUUAUUCCUUUUAUUGUUGACACUAGCGACAGCUCCGAACGUCCAGCGGUGAUUCUAUCGAAUUCUGAUGAUGCCUUUGCUGCCUAUAAUUGCCCGGCGUCUGGAGCCAAUGCUAAUAUUCUUUUUUCAGAGAGCUCAGCAGGACCGGUUAAUUCUGGGCCACUGUUCUCAGAGACAGAACCAGCUGUUAGGAUUAAACCUGUACCUAAGAGUGCCCAAUAUGACCCACAGCGUUCUCGAAUAGGCAUCAUUGCCACCGGCAGCGUAGGGUCUGCCGUGAAUCGGUUACCCAUCCAACAACCGCUUUCAAACAUCGUAGCGACGGGAUUGUUCCAGAAUACAGCGUCUACAGCUCAGCUUAAUUCAGACAUGAAUAGCAUUCCAUACAUGAUGAGCAACAACAAUGGACAAACCGGGUUCGCUGUUUGUCCGUACGAUGGAAUCAUUCCAGAUCCCCGGAACCCUCGAUACUACUAUCUGUGUCGGCAAGGACUUCCUUUGAAUGACGAAAAUCGCUUUGCUUGUGCCGAUGGAUAUGUCUUCAAUCCCAUCAGUCUGAAGUGCACCCCGCUCGUGUAGAGAAUGGUAUACUUCCUGGGCUAGACUCGUGAGCGUGUGUUUGGAACUUUAAUCGCCAGUGAUUGACUAUCAACGAUGAUGAUCGUUUGUUUUGUGCUGCAGCCA